AUGACACGUCACCGCAUUUCCUGCUCUCCGGUGACACGUCACCGUGCUGGUUACCAGGAGACGGUGCCUGCGGGGACGUUCCGCAGUCUCAGGGAGCUGCUUGGGGACAGCCCCACCAUGGCGUCCGUCUGUCCCUUUGUCAGUCCCCGUCCCCGUGUUAAGCUGCGGUCCUCAGCGAGGGGACAAGCCGGGGGCAGCACCGACAUCAUGAACUUCUACGCCACGACCUACGGGCUGGCUUACGGUAUGGGGAUCCCGAAUGACUCCCCAAAAACAGGGGGGGGCUCACUUUCAGGGCUGAACCCGCCUUGUUCCCACUGUCCCCCAGGCCAGCCGUGUUUCCGUCCCCGCCUCGGCCACCACACGGGCGCUGGCUUCGUGUCCAACUACCGCUCGGAUGUCCCCUCCCUCCUCCGCUCGUGCGGCACCGCAGAGUGCCAGGACAGCAUCUCGGCCGCCACCGAGCACUUCCAGCCCCACUGGCACCCCGACGGCCGCGGCCUCCUGCCGCGACACCUGCACCAGCCGCCGAGCGGGUACCACCAGGAGUCUCUCCCCUGCUGCCUCUGCGCCGGGGGGGUGAGUCCCCAGCACAGGUGGCAUCACCAGGACGUCCCCAAGUCACUUGGGGAGUGUGGCGGUGGCUGCACCAAGCCAGACAUCCUGCAGAAAACAAGCAUCGGUGCCACGGAGCCAUCAGGCUUCACCAAGGCCCUUCUGCGGGGUGACAAUGUCCUGCCAGCCCUGUCAACCCAGCCCCUCGGUGUCAGUGUCACCAAAACGGAUUAUCUGCCAUCUGUGCGCAGCCGCGGUGAUGAGACGCUCCCAGAGCUGUCAGGGGGCUCCGAGCGAGGCAGCGGCUUCACCCGGGAGGUGCCGAGCGUGCUGGGCACGGUGGAUUUGCCCGUGGUGGGUCACGCCGUCCGAUUCGUGUCCCGAGGGCUGCGGGUACCACGAGGGACACAGGACAGGCUGCUGGGACGGCAGAAGGCUGGCAGGAUGGAGCCAUCGGGUUUCACCACCAACAAUGGCCAGUAUGUGCCCCCCCGCGCCACCAUGUCCCCCACAGCGCCAGCCCGGUGCUGGCGGGACCCAAACCUGAUGGCCAGACCCAUGGGGGGGAUCCAGCCCCUGCGCCCCAGCGGCUUCAGCACCAACAACCACCCCACUGGGGUUGGGGACGCUGGUGGCCAGCCCCCCGGGUGACACCAGUGGCACCCCAGGGGCCACACUCUCACUAGUAGCCCCCCGUUCUUUGGGGAACCCCUGUUCUUUGGGGACCUCCCCAAUCCCUGGAAGCACACAGAGAAAUAAAGACUGAGAAUGAUUUUCCUGGGCACAAA